UGAAUGAACUGUAAAUAGGAGCCAAUCAGGAAUAGGAGGCGGGUAUAAAAGGCUGAGCGCAUCUUUAAUCCGCAGUAGCAGAACCGGAUCCGCUUGAGACCACUUCACAACAGACUGAACUAACAGGAGCCGGUCGUCAUCAUGCCUUUCGGAAAUACCCACAACAAGCUGAAGAUGAACUACUCAUCGGACCAAGAGUACCCCGACCUCAGCCAGCACAACAACCACAUGGCAAAGGUGCUCACACCUGAAAUGUACGAACACCUGAGAGACAAGGAGACGCCCAGUGGCUUCACCCUGGACGACAUCAUUCAGACCGGCAUCGACAACCCAGGUCACCCGUUCAUCAUGACGGUGGGCUGCGUCGCUGGAGACGAGGAGACAUAUGAGGUCUUCAAAGAGCUGCUGGACCCGGUGAUUGAAGACCGUCACGGAGGGUACAAACCAUCGGACAAACAUAAGACUGACCUGAACCCUGAGAACCUGCAGGUAAACCACAACAAACCGUCCUGAACCAAGAAAACAUGG